CCGAUGCGGCGGAAGCAGAAGCGGCUGCUGCAGGCGGUGGGGCUGGCGCUGGCCGCCCUCGUCUUCCUGCCCAACGUGGGGCUCUGGUCCCUCUACCGGGAGCGGCAGCUGGAGGGCGGCGCGGGGGGGGCCGCGGCCGAAGGGGAGGCGCAGUGUCACUGGUGCCUUCUACUGGAUAAAAUAUCAACUUGCUGUAGUGUGUAUACUUCCGGUGGUGACUGGAGCCUUCAGAAAAUAAAAGACUAAAAUGAAGAUGCAUCGUUCUCUCUAUCUGGCUCAGUAGCAGAUGGCUCUUCUUCUCUGCUAGAUUCACUGGAUCUUGGAAUGUUACUACAAUUCUGCUUCCCAGGGUCACGCCAGAUUUCCCGGGGGACACAAUGCUUGACCAGCUUUGCAGUGGCACUUAACUGUACUCCUCUUGUCCCAAAUCCCCUUAAAUAAGUUCUCUCCUUCCUGCGUCUUGAGAUCAAAAAAGUCACUUGCUUCUCUAUGGAAUUUGGGGCAAACUUUCCACAGAAUUUGCUAAAUUCCACUACUCCUGCUUGUUUAGAUACUGUUGGAAAUAUUAGACUGUUUAUUUAAUUUGACUGUUAAAUUUAUAGUAAUAUAUACUGAUUUGCUGAAUUCACCUGUUCACAGUGCUAAGUUCAAUUGUGAUAUGGUUAUGUCUGGAUAUGCUGAAUAAAUAUUUCACUCCUUCAAACUUGUCAUUUUAGAAAACAAAAGAACGUUAUCAUUCAGCCUUAAUAAAAUGUCUAUAGAUAUGAUACUCCACUAGUCUUUGGAAAAUGUAGAAGCACUGUUUUUAGCUGGUCUCAUUGCUCAGUUGG